CAUAAAUAUUUUGCUAUAAAUCAGAGCAAAGUCUUUUCAAUAUAACCUCACUUUAAAUACAUUCACAAUAGAUUCAAAUGCAAGGGAAGUUAAACUAAAAUGUUUCAAUGUUCAAAGAUUUCGCGAACUCUUCUCUAGAUUCAUGCCUAAAGAACUAAAGAAUAUUGUGACUUGAAUGUGAAUACAGGGUAUACGAAGUGAAAAGUCUCGAACAAAACAAAGCAAUUAAAAUUGAUACUCUUGUGGACACACACACACACACACACACACGCGCAGCAGACGACAGCUGGACAGAUAUAGAGAUACAUUUGUAUCUUUGUGCGGUUUUCAAUUGAAUUUCCAAUUUCAAUUUGUCUGAUGCCAGCCAGCUGUGCUGCCAUUGGAUCAGCUAUUUUUAGUCACAGCGAUUAGCAGCCAAUGGGCUGGCAGCAGGGAUUCAUCUGCGACCACUUGACGUCGUCGUCGUCGACUCGCGCCGCUGCCAGACUGUCUGGCAAGUAGCAGAAAUCACUUCACGGCAACUCGACGCGAUCAACCGGACCGGACCGGGUCCUUGCCUGAUAAAUGUGUGUGUAACGUGGCGCGAGAUCCUUUCAGUUGAUAGCUGGCCGUGCUACUGAUUAGAACGUUCUCUUUGUACUUUGACAAUCGACUAGGCAAUAAAAACGUGAUGCACUCGCUGGCCGUUAACAUGGUUGGCAGCUCCAAGGAGCGCCGAAUGCUGCGCACGCCCAAGUGUGCCCGCUGUCGCAAUCAUGGCGUCAUCUCGUGCGUCAAGGGCCACAAGAAGCUGUGCCGCUGGCGCGAAUGCUGUUGCCCCAAUUGCCAGCUGGUCGUCGAUCGGCAGCGCGUCAUGGCCGCCCAGGUGGCGUUGCGACGCCAACAAACCAUGGAGGCUUUGGAGGCACAUGCCGCUGAACCGCCCAAUCCCAUCGCCAGCGAUGAGGAGCAACCGCCGUCGCCGGCGACGUCGCUGACCACGCCCACCAAAUCCAGCACCAUGGCGGCGAAUACGCUGCGCACACGCCAGGCCCUGAUCGCCCAGAAGCGCAUCUACAAGCAACGGCUGCGCAAUCUGCAACAGUCCACGUUGCACAUCACCGCGGCCAUGGAAGAGUACAAGCAGCGCUUUCCCACGUUCAAUUCACCGCUGCUAGAACGCAUGCGCAAGCGACGCGCGUUCGCUGACCCGGAACUGAACUAUGCAAUGGAUACAACGCUACUUGGCAGCUCCGCCUGUGGCGGCGCAGCAGCUCCUUUGGCAACGCCGCCAACAGCAAUUGGCAACGCCUUUUAUGAUCUAUUGGGCAAUGCCGCCGCCGCUGCAGCAGCAGCAGCAGCAACAGCAGCUGCGCAACAGGAGCAGCAUCGGCAGGCAUAUCAAUCAAUGCCGCGCAUUACGCAGACGCCCACGCCAACGCCCGUCGUCAAGAAGCCCAAGCUGAGUUUUUCAAUUGAGUCGAUAAUUGGCAUCAGCACGUAGCCGAGAAGCGAAAAACAGUCGCAUUUUGUAUAUAGACAA